AUGUACUUAUCGAUUGUAACGCGUUUUUUUUUAAACUUACAGGUCAUUACAGCGUCUACACUAAACAACAUUCAAGAUCGAAACCCGUGUAAUCGAAAUGCAGCCGACAUCAUCUUUGUGUUAGAUUCAUCGAGCAGCAUCUGGAUUGUGGACUACAGAAAACAGCUCAAAUUCGUGGCGGAUGUCGUCGAUAGUUUCAACGUAGGAAAAGGCCAGUCUGAAGUCCGCGUCGGCGCCAUAACCUUCAGUGACCGUGCCUACCUGGAGUUCUCUGUCGACCAAUAUGCCGAUUCGAACCAGCUGAAAAACGCAAUCGCCAGCAUUGCCCACAGACAGGGAAGAACUAAUACGGCCGACGCCCUCAGGUUACUUAAAAAGCAAGUAGAACCUGAUUUAAAGAACAGCAGGGGACCCAUUAUAGCCAUAGUGAUUACAGAUGGCCAAUCGACAGACCCAAUUGCUACGAAAAAAGAGGCUAAGAAACUGCACCAGCUUGGAAUCAAUGUUUACGCUAUCGGCGUUGGAGAUUCCCGGAUGUAUGAUAUUGACGAACUGAAAGCCAUCGCCAGCGAUCCAGAAAACGGAGUCUAUACGGUAGCCAGUUACUCAGCUCUUACAGACAUCGCCCAGAAGUUCCAAAUUCAGCCAUGUGAAGAGGAAACUACAACCACAGCCAAGCCAACAACAACAGCGGCCCCAACAACAACAACAACAACAGCGGCCCCAACAACAACAACAGCUCCACCCCCGACGUUUCCAACAACCACCUUAAGGCCUACAGAAAUGCCAGUUCACACAGAACCAGUCAAGAGAGAUCCAACAAGUAUAAUAAUAUUCGGUUUUGAUAUGCUCACCAUGGGUCACUAUCGGACCCCUAUCAUUUACCAAUUCAUUGACACUUUCCUUCCUUUGAGUGGCUACGGGCGUUACUCCAUUUCGUCCCUCGCUUACUGCCCAGAUACCUUCAAUAUUCCAGUCACAUCGCUUAUGAACAGAGACCCCUUUGACAUACAACACGGUUUCCAAAUCGGAAUGAGACUUCCGGGUCUAGUGGACAUCGUACAACAAAUACAAACAGAUAUGGCGGACAACAUCAUGCGCAAUGCCAUCACAGGUCGCGCGGGAAAUCAAGUGGCCGUACUGUUUAUCGAUCCGACUGUCACCGUCAUCACACCGGAACUUCUUAGCGCGACCAACGCGCUAAAGCAACAAGGGGUCAAGCUGUUUCUGAUCAGUAUUGGUCAAAACACGUGGUCUCAGCCUCGAAACCUCAACUCAAUGAGCAGUCAGCCGUACAGAAGCUAUGUAUUUAACUAUCCCACCUACGAUCAACUGUUAUACAGUGUGAAAAGAACACCUUUCCGAUUCAGAGCCAUGUGCAACCACUUUCUCUCUAUCCCCUCUCUUUCUUUUUCUCUCCAAUCUCUCUUUUAUCUUUCUCAUUCUCCCCAUUCCACCUUUUCUUCUUAUUUUUCAUUGUCUCUAUCAAACGUUCUCUCUCCCUCCUCACUCCUUUUUCACCUUUCUCUCGCUAUCUCUCUCUCUCUCUCUCUCUCUCUCUCUUUCUAUUUCCAUUCUAAUUCUUUGUCCUUCCUCCUUACUCUCUCUCUCUCUCUCUCUCUCUUUCCUUCCUUUUUUCACUCUCCCUCACACUCUGUCCUUCCUCUCCCUUCCGUCUUACCUACUCUUUUCCUCAUCCCUUCUUCCCUCUUUUCUUUCUGCCAUCAGCAGGGCUGA